GAAUGAACAGGAGCGAAGUUUCCCACAAACUCCCAUUAAGAAGUUCAGGGCAGCAGGGACACGGCAUGGGCGAGAUGCAGCGCAGGCGGGGGCCAGGACCCCUGCUCUUCUCCCUCCUGCUCCUCUCCAGCACCCUGCUCAGCGCCCAGGCCAAGGAAGUUGUCCUCCUGGAUUUUGCCAAAGCCCAAGGGGAGCUGGGCUGGCUGACCCAUCCCUACGGGAGAGGGUGGGACCUGCUGCAGCACGUCAUGAACGACUCGCCCAUCUACAUCUACUCGGUCUGCAACGUGAUGGAGGGCGACCAGGACAACUGGCUGCGCACCAACUGGAUCUACCGCAGCGAGGCGCAGCGCAUCUUCAUCGAGCUCAACUUCACGGUGCGCGACUGCAACAGCUUCCCCGGCGGCGCCAGCUCCUGCAAGGAGACCUUCAACCUCUACUACGCCGAGUCGGAUGUGGACUACGGCACCAACUUCCAGAAGCGCCAGUUCAAGAAGAUCGACACCAUCGCGCCCGACGAGAUCACCAUGCGCGACGACUUCACCACCCGCAACGUCAAGCUGAACGUCGAGGUGCGCUCCGUGGGGCCCCUGACCCGCAAGGGCUUCUACCUGGCCUUCCAGGACAUCGGGGCCUGCGUGGCUCUGGUCUCCGUCCGCAUCUACUACAAGAAGUGCCCCGACGUGCACCAGAACAUGGCUUUCUUCCCCGAGACCAUGGCCGGCGCCGACUCGCAGACGCUGGCCAAGGUGCAGGGCACCUGCGUGCAGGACGCGGUGGCCAGCGAGGAGCCCCUCAUGCAUUGCAACUCAGACGGGGAGUGGCUGGUGCCCAUCGGGCAGUGCCAGUGCCGGGCCGGCUACGAGAAGGUGGAGAACAGCUGCAAAGCCUGCUCUCCCGGGUUCUUCAAACCGGACAUCUCCGAUGGCACCUGUGCCAAGUGCCCCCCGCACACGCUGCCCUCCCCCAAAGGCUCCACUUUGUGCCCGUGUGAGGAAGGCUAUUUCCGGUCCGCCGAGGAUCCCCCUUCUUUUCCCUGCUCACGUCCCCCGUCUGCCCCGCACGGCGUCACUGCCAUCGGCCUGGGCGCCAAGGUGCAGCUGCGCUGGUCCCCACCCCGCAACACGGGGGGCCGCAAAGAUGUCACCUACACCAUCACGUGUGAGCAGUGCCGGCCCGAGACCGGGGAGUGCCGGCCCUGUGACUCCAGCAUCCGCUACUCAGAACCGCCCCACGGCCUGACCGGGACGUCCGUGACCGUCAGCGACCUGGAGCCCUACAUGAACUACACCUUCACCGUGGAGGCCAGGAACGGGGUCUCGUCCUUCAGCAACAGCCGCAACUACGGCACUGCGAGCAUCAGCGUCAACCAGACGGAACCUCCCAAGGUGAUGUCGGUGAACCUGGACGGCCACACGGCUACCAGCCUGACGCUGUCCUGGAUGGUCCCAGCCCGGCAGGCGAGCCGGGUCUCGAGAUACGAGGUCACCUACAGAAAAAAGAUGGAUAGCAGAGGCUACUCGGUCGUACGCUGCGAAGGAAACAGCGUGACCCUAUCCAACCUCGCGCCGGGCACCAUGUACAGGGUGCACAUCCUGACCCAUACGCAGGAGGGCCAGAGCACCGAGAGCGACACCUUCGAGUUCGAGACGCUGCCAGGGGGUACUGAGGGCAUGAACACGGCGGCCGUGGUCGGCGGUGCUGUCUCCGGGGUCUUCCUGCUGGCCCUCGUGGUGGCUGCCAUGCUGUACUUUCACCGAAGGAAAAGGAACCUGCGCGCCCGCCAGUCGGAGAACGACGUCUACUACUCCAAGUCUGACCAGCUGAAGCCCCUGAAGACGUACGUGGACCCCCACACCUACGAGGACCCCAACCAGGCCGUGCUGAAAUUCACCACCGAGAUUCACCCCUCGUGCGUCACGCGCCAGAAGGUGAUCGGGGCAGGUGAGUUCGGGGAAGUCUACAAGGGGACCCUGAAGAACGGGAAGAAGGACGUGCCGGUGGCCAUCAAGACACUAAAGGUGGGCUACACGGAGAAGCAGCGCAUCGACUUCCUGAGCGAAGCCAGCAUCAUGGGCCAGUUCUGCCACCACAACAUCAUCCGCCUGGAAGGCGUCGUCUCCAAAUAUAAACCCUUCAUGAUUGUCACCGAGUACAUGGAGAACGGAGCCCUGGACAGGUUCCUGCGGGAGAAGGACGGCGAGUUCUGCAUGAUCCAGCUGGUGGGCAUGCUGCGAGGCAUCGCCGCGGGCAUGAAGUACCUGGCCAGCAUGAACUACGUGCACCGGGACCUGGCCGCGCGCAACAUCCUCGUCAACAGCCAGCUGGUCUGCAAGGUGUCUGACUUCGGCCUGUCCCGCGUCCUGGAGGACGAUCCCGAUGCCACCUACACCACCAGCGGCGGCAAGAUCCCCAUCCGCUGGACAGCCCCCGAGGCCAUCUCCUUCCGCAAGUUCACCUCGGCCAGCGACGUCUGGAGCUACGGCAUCGUCAUGUGGGAGGUGAUGUCCUACGGCGAGCGCCCGUACUGGGAGCUCUCAAACCACGAGGUCAUGAAGGCCAUCAGCGAUGGCUUCCGGCUACCUGCGCCCGUGGACUGCCCCUCCGCCAUCUACCAGCUGAUGAUGCAGUGUUGGCAGCAGGAGAGGAGCCGCCGGCCCAAGUUCAACGACAUCGUCAGCAUCCUCGACAAGCUCAUCCGGGCCCCCGAAUCCCUCAAGACCAUGGCUGACUUCGACCCUCGGGUGUCCAUCCGCCUGCCCAGCACCAGCGGCUCGGAGGGCAUCCCCUUCCGCACCGUCGCAGAGUGGCUGGAGUCCAUCAAGAUGCACCAGUACACGGAGCACUUCACGUCGGCCGGCUACACCACCAUCGAGAAGGUGGCGCAGAUGAGCAACGAGGACAUUAAGAAGAUCGGGGUACGCUUGCCAGGCCACCAGAAGCGAAUCGCCUACAGCCUCAUGGGGCUGAAGGACCAGAUCAACACCGUGGGGAUCCCCAUCUGAGAAGGAGACCUCCCCAGCGGACGCAGCCCCCUCCCGCAAGCGCCUCGCCAGGGGCUACGGAGGCACUCGGCGGACGUGCAAAGCAGGAAAUACUUGAAGUGGAGAAUUGAAGUGUGCUCGGCAUCAUCCUCCAGCCAAAAGCGUCCGCGGGGACCAGCCGACGGGGCUGAUGGCAGCGCCCUCGGAGGAGCUGGCCAGUCCUUCCCGCCUGGCCUGCACCUACAGUUCAACCUCCGCAGCAGUCACCUUUAUUUAUUGUUAAUAUUAUUAUUAUUGUCGGGUCAUUUCUCCCAUUGCUGCUGUGCCAGGUUGGCUGGCUCCGGAGGGGAGCGCGAGGCCACGAUGUGCCCUGAAGAAGUGCCGUGGUUGUACCCAGCCGCGAUGGUGCCACGUAGCGUCCCUGGAAAGGCCUCACGGGUGGCCUUGAGACCCGGGUCUGUGGCUGCUGAGCAGCUAAUGCCACCUCCAUGGUGCUGUCCUUCCUCUCCGCCGGCCGAAGCAGAGUGCUUGCCUUUCCCUUCCCCGUCGCUCUAAUCCGCUCCCGAGCUGCGGGGAUGCGGGACGUUCCCAAAGUGACCUCUGCUCGUUUUCCAGCUGCCUUCGAAGCCGCUCGGGUUGGAGUUGCCGAGACUUUGCAGUGACAAAGCGACGUUUGUUUGCCUUUGCUCUUUAUAAGAGGAUGACAAGGAACCGAUAUUAAAACCGAUGUUACAAGCAAUGCAUUACAUUUCCAGCGGCAAGGAAACCCGCUUGCUGUCAUGUCAGGAGUAGGCUGAACCGAAGCCUGACUCGAUUUAUUUGCUUGGCCUGUUCCCGUAGCCAGGCACCGAGGCCGUUCCAUAGUUUUGGGAGUUUUUUAUGAGCAACUUUAAGGAUCUCCCUUCCCCCCCCACCACUAGGUUUUGUAGUUUUUAUUCUGUUGGUUUGUAUCUCAAGAGAUGGGCAGAUCCCAGUGCCUAAAAUACGACAUUCCUCUGGUAGCGAGCGCAAUGGCUUUGCUAGCGACAACUGAUCGCUGUGGCUCAAGGUCAUAUAAUCAUUUGCCUUCUCUCUAUUUAUUCUUCCAUUCCACUCCCUGCCACAGGCUCCGCUUUGUUUCGCUGCGAGCCAUUCGCUGGUCUGUCAGUGUUACCUAUUCUAUUUUUUAAUAUAAUUUAUUCUAUUUUUUUAUAUUUAUUGAUAGAAAUCAAAGCCCUGUUCUGCUUGCUCAGAUUUGCUGUUCGGAUGGAAACCACAGGCAUUGAAAUGAAGUUGAGUCAUGGUUUUCAGAAAAGGCUGCCUUUGAUUUGAAUAAAUGUUGUGUUUUUUUUGUUAAACCUU